AUGGAAACCCUCGACGCCGCCAGCAGGCAGAGGUCCGUUGUUUGUCCUCGGCGCGGCUCCGUAGCGCCGCUCUAUGGCUGUAGUUAUGCUGACCUGCGAGGUAGCGUCGGCUUGCCGUCAAUUAGCAACUUGGACUCCGACAGAAUCAAGCGGGAAGAGGUGGAGUAUCAGAGGAAACACUCGGCGCCCGCAAUGGUCAGCCCGUUGCACCCUUUCGCUGCCCCGUCGCUCUCGCACGGCAAUCACCAAUCGUCGCCCGCCAGCGCAGUGCCAGGCCCGCUCGGCGGCUUGCUGUCCCCGCCGGAGUCGCGGCGGACGUCUGGCGACGAGAAGGAACAGCAGCGCGCGCCCGCGCGGCAGUCGCUGCCGUCAAUACAUGAAGCCCUGCGGUCCGAUCAGUCGCUCGGCGCCUUCUCCGCGCCCGCGCCACCCCCCUCUGCCCCAGCGUCCGCUCCGCAGUCAUAUUUCCCGCCGUCGACGGCAUCGCCCUCAGACCCGCGGACACGAGCUUUCCCCAGCGAUCUCCACGGCAGCCAGGGCCCGCCCAAUCCCUUCUCCCACCCGCGCAGUCCUUUCAUGAACACAUCGGCGUCGGCAGCGCCCCCGCCACCUCCUCCCCAGGCGCAUUCAGACUCGUUACCACGGCCCUCGUUUGCGGAACCGCGCUCGUCCUUCUCAGAACCGCGCUCCUCCUUCUCAGCCCCUCAGCAUAACCCGAAGCUGCCCACGCUCCAUCCUCUGCGCACGAACCAAUCUCCUCCCCCGGGCCCUGGCCGACCGGGCCUACCAUAUUCGACAUAUCCACCGCAACCAUCUUCUGCAUACGAAACAUCCGCCCCGCAUUCGGCCGGACCCAUGAACCCCAAUUAUGGCUACCCCCAAUACCCCUCAAAUUAUCCUCUAUCGGCCCCCGCACCAGGUGGACCAAACUCAGCGUAUCCUUCGUCCACAUCAACAUACUCGGCACCUCCCCGGGGUUACCCUGGACCUGCAUGGCCAGAUAGGGGGCUAGAAGAAAAGAAGAUCAACCGCUCCAACCUCGCACCGUACGGCGAAUCGGUGAAGCGGCAUCUGGAGAGCUUCGAUUUAGAAGCCUCACUAAACGAGAUGGCUGAAGGCGCCGGGCGCAUAACGGACUUCUCCAAGGUAUAUCGACAGCGAGCACACGAAAAUCAGCGGAUUGGCAUGACUCCUCAGUCCAUGCCAAGACUAGAAGAAGUUGAUGAGAUGCUCAAGCAUAGCGAGAGAAUACAAGUCUCACUACAGCGCAUGCGAGAAGUUGUAUACAACCACCACCAGGCAAGCAUGGUGGAGCCACCACAGGAUCCGCGCUAUCGCCAAAUGAAUGGAUACGACCAUGAAGCCUCCAGCAACUACGGCGACGACGUCAAAGGGGGCGGUGGUUUUGCGGGCCCCGACAACAAAAAGCGUCGAGGACGAGCCGCGCCUCCUGGGAGGUGCCAUAGCUGCAAUCGGGCGGAAACUCCAGAAUGGCGUCGAGGCCCCGAUGGUGCACGAACGCUUUGUAAUGCGUGCGGUCUACACUAUGCGAAAUUGACCCGCAAGAUGGGUGGCAAGCAAGCGAUGGCUAGCUCGAAUCUCCGACCAAAAUCGCUGGAUCAAGGAUCACCCACGGCAUAGCGUCACCUUGA